AGAACCGCUUCAAACUCGAUCAGAUUCUUGGGAUUUUCGUGCUGGUGACUCUAAGCCUCAUACUAGUAUGCUUUAGUGUCACAGUUCCCAGGUACAGUACGCGUACAGAGAUAAUCCCUGCAAUAAUUCCUACAAUGUCUUUACCAUGCCGUUCCUUCCCUUAUUACGGUGUGUACCGCAGAUGAUCCUUUUCUCGCGUACUACGUACAUUAUGCAGCUGGAGGGCAGCCGCGGGGCAGACUUGCAAAUCUUACCUACCAGGAUCUUAUCGCGUCCCCUCCUACAAGAUAAGGUUUUUAAAUACUGGGGUGCAGUAGCUCUACAAGCUUAAACUUCCCAGCCUCACAUAGAUCUUUCAGCCUCGUCUUCUUCCCUCUUCACACUUCCUUCACUUACAUUUCCAAUCGUUCAAUCCUCUUUCAAACUUAUUUACUUCCUAAGACGAUCAUUUUACUAUUCAUCAUAUAAUGGCGACGGCAGAUCCCUUCGAAGUGCGAAUGCGCUUCAGCUCCCAGUUACAACACCUAAAUGCUAGCACAACGUCGGCCCAGAAAGCUGCCCAGUACGCGUUGAAGUACAAAGACAUGGAUGAAGAUCUGCACUCAUGCAUUCUAGAACAACUUGAGAAGACAAGUAUGAACACCCGUGCCAACAUCAUGUACUUCCUCGAACACCUCUUAGAGAUGGCGUCGAAAGAGCGUCAAAACGACUACGUACGUAUGAUGCAACGCGAUAUUCUCAGAGUGGUUGAUGCGGUCUGUCCCGAAGAUGGCUCCGGUGCCGCAAACGUCAAGGUUGUCCGAAAGGUGUUGCAAGGUCUGAUGACGAAAUCCGUCUUACUCGAGCAGACCGUAAUCGAGAUUGAAGGUUGCUUGAAGGAGCGCGACACAUCCGCCGACCUUGGCUUUUCUUCACCCGCUAAUGGUGACGACACCUCGCGUUCUCGCAACGGCAAUGGAAAUUCAACUGCCAACCGCCUCGACAAGCGCCAGAUCGAGCAGCGCAUCGAAGAGGAUAGAGAGCGACACAAGCGCAUGCGCGAAAGCAUGUGGGCCGUCCCUGGAUCUCUAGAAGAGGAGGCUAUGAAGAUAUACGAAGAGACCAGCGAGUACGGCGAAGAUGACGAAACCUUUGGUCGUGAGGAGCGGGAAGAGUUUUUACGCGAGGCCGAGGCGAACAAGUGCGACCACAUUCGGGCGAAAGAAGCCGCUGAAGCUGCUGCUGUAGUUGCGGGAGGUAACGGGACCUCGUCGCAUUAGGAGGCGGCACCCUUGCCUCCCAGCAUCCCUAACGACAACGGCAACUCCGUACACAGCAAUGACGAGCGCAAUGAGCCUAAUGACAACUACGAUGACGAACCCGCUGAGGCACCUGAUGAUAUGCCUGAUGGCGGUAAUGACGAUCAGCCUCCUGAUAGCAAGUCAGAGGGCGAAAUUUUUGAU